AUGAGUUCUGAUCAUACUACGAGCUCCAACGAUUCAGAAGAUACAAAUAUUAGCUCAACUUCUGAUGUACUCGAGCAGCCUGAUGAGAACACACAAGUUGCUUCGACCCCACCUCGAAUUCAUAGGCCCAGACUCGAAUUCUUGUGCCCAUCAACAAAGGUCGAAGACGUGGGAUUGGAAGUGCAGGAAGGCAGAGCUCUAGAGAAUCGACGAAUUUUAACUCUCAUCCUUGACGACACAGAAGAUUCAAAUGCUUUUCAUGGUACUUAUGGCGGAGUUUCAGUGGCUGAAACGGGUGCGCUAACUCAAUUACCUUACAAGAAUUAUGCAAAUCCUGCUUUUUGGUUAUUAGCAAAUAGAUGGGUGUUCUUACCAAAGUCAAAGAGUCAAAAAUGUCCAACAGGUGUUAAAGUUAAAUUGGAAGAAGACAUAGCUUAUUUGAAAGAUGAAGAGGUCAAAGUUUUUACAGAUGAAGCUUUGUUUGAAGCUCGAGAAUCUAUGAUGGAAUGGGCAGUUCGGAAAGCUGGAUCUGAUGAAUGA